GUUAGCCAUGGGGCUCCCGGCUCACCUUUUAUUCUGCAACUCCAUCCAUGAGAUGGUACGAGACCACCACGGGCAGCACUUUUUGUCCAACUUGAGAUGCUUCAGUAAAUCCAACCUGAAUACUGGAGGAUGCCUGUCUCUUGAUGCGACAGUAUUUGUUCUUCAAGGUUUUUCCUGUAUGACAGAAAGAUUUGAACCUGAACUAUGUGAAAUGUUGUUGUCUGAUCCCAUGGUUACGACAUCUGUGCUGGUUCACAAGGCCACACUGGAGUCUGUCAAUCUGUUGAGAAAUCUCCCGAUGGACUGGAUGGACCAAUGUCUACAGGCCUUCGUCUGGGCACAGAGGACCGUGACAGGGGAGAAUGUUCCGGAAUGUUGCGAGAAGGUCAGCCCAUAUAUGAAAGCUGCUGCUGUAUUUGCACUGUGUCCUGACAGAAGGUCUGAUGAGAAACUUGUCCCAAAUCUCCAGGCUCUGGACCCACAGGUUUUGGACUUUGUCUUGGAGCUCACAAUGUGCCGCAUCACGUGGAACGUUGACAGCUGUUCCCUGCAGGACACGGCGGACAUGACACUUGUUGCUGGUCUGCUAUCUCUGCGACCCGAGUCUCUGUGCAGCUUGUUGACACACGGGGCUCAUGAGUGGACGACGCGCGUGCGACACAGUCUGGGUCUGGCGUGUUCCGGCCAGCACAGACGUUUGAGGGACUACCUGCUCCUCAGAACGUUGGAGAAGCUAGCCCUGACAGACCUGUGCAGAAGGGGCUCCCAAGUGCCCUCUUGUGUCCUGUCUGCCUACUGUCAGCUGCUGGGACAUUAUUUUGAAGACACAGAUUUCGUCUCUCAGACUCUGCUCCGACACACUGACCCUGUCCUGUACAGAAAGGUUCUCCACAAGAGAUAGGACGAGAACUGAGAGCCCGGAUCUUGUGUCAUGUUCUUCACAAGAGAUAGGACAAGAACUGACAGCCAGGAUCUUGUGUCAUGUUCUUCACAAGAGAUAGGACAAGAACUGACAGCCAGGAUCUUGUGUCAUGUUCUUCACAAGAGAUAGGACAAGAACUGACAGCCAGGAUCUUGUGUCAUGUUCUUCAAAAGAGAUAGGACAAGAACUGACAGCCCGGAUCUUCUAUGUGAGGCAGCGUGGUGGAAUCAGGCUCUCGUCAAUUUUUGGGCAUGUAGAGUUA